UAUCACAACUUGAAAUAUUACCAAAAUGUAUAAUCUCUCAAUAAUUUUUAUUAUUAUCUGUGUCUGUCUAAUGUGCAAACCUAGUUUGGAAAAUGACGCUUUACACGCAAUCAGUAAAAGAUUCGUUUUGUUUCCACGAUAUUCUGUAGUACAGAUAACAGGUGGCUUAUCAGUGCCAGCAAUAUUUCCACGAAGAUCAAUUAAUCUAAGUCUUGGUUUUCAAAUGAACCAUGAUUUACCAUACAACUUAACAAACUUUGAGCCGUUGUACGGGCGCGAAAGUUUAAGCGACCUUGAUUUUGACAGAAGUACAAUGUACGAAUACGUUGUAAAUAUUGUCGAAGCUUUUGGGUUGGAUGGAGAGGCUUGUCUGCUUCGAACAAUUUGUGAAGUUUCAGAAACUCCGAUGCACCUAGAUGACGAAAAUGGCGAAAAUCUUUUAGAACAGAUCUUGCAUUAUUUAUUAACGCCUUCGAAGGAUUUUGGAGACCACAACGCUCAUAUUGACACAUCUUUGGAACAUAAAGUGUUGGUAGCGGAAAGACUUGGUCGAAUUCAUGGAGAAUGUUACAAAAUAUUUAAAUGUCCACUAAGUUUACUUGAUCUUUUUACGAAUAAAUAUUAUUAACUCGAUUUUAAC